AUGGAUUCUAUGCGGAGUUUGAACACAUCUCUCCCUGGAACCUCACCUCCAAAGCAGCAAGUUGGAGAAUCACCGGAGCAGCUGCUUCAAGCAUUCAAAUCAGCCGCUCUUGCAGUGACGACAUUAUAUAAAACUGCCGCUGCGAAGCAAAGCAAGGCGAGAGCGGAAGGAUAUCAGGAUGCUUUGGAUGAGCUAUUAUCGUAUUUGGAUAAGGAAAAUAUUGGACUGAGUGAUGGAGAAGGAUGGGGCAUACGGAGAUGGGCUACGGAAAGACUCGACGGGAGAGACUCGAUGAAUCAUAAUGUGGAAAGCGAGGAUGAGGUGGUGGAAAAGAACGACGGACCAUCAUCACCAGUUUUACAAAGAGCACACAGUUCAACUCGACUGAGUCCGAACCCAACGAGAACGAGGGCGGCAUCUCCAACAAGAUCAGAUUCAGCACCACCAAAUAUCCCCACACCACAAUCUCCUGUUGCCGAACCGAUACCAAUAUCAAUUCCUCAACAAAGCCAAUUUACAUUUCGUGCCUCGCACCAAUAUCCUCAGGAAUCGGAGACGAUAAUAUCAGAUCUCGAAAUGUCGGAUAAUAAUCGAACGCAUAAUCACGAUGGAUCAGUAAACACAAGCAAUCCUACAGGAAUAACAAUCUCCCGCCCAUCUCGAGCCGGUUCAAGACACAACAACCAUCCUUCACGGAACAACACACGCACCGCCGCAACAAUAGGAAGAGGAGCCGGACAGAAAAGAAAAAUCAACAUUGGUGAUUUUUUCGAUAUUGGAAACUUAGGGCCUGGCAAGGAUAAUUUUGGUGGGGGUGGGAAACGAGGACGAUUCAUAUGA